AUGCCUCUCAAGCGCAAGAGAUCCUCCGUCACAAAGAUCGCGUCUGCUGUCAAUAUUCCCACAAUAUCACACGAAACGCCAAUACUCUCGCCCCACCCUGCUGUCGACCGCGCCCCUCCCAAGCAACAAGCCUCCCACAGAGGCAAGAUCGAUACGAAUCCAGAUCAUAAUGCGGAUAUUGUUGAUGGGAAAACGGCGUUAAGAGCCAGCCCGGACGCCGACGAGAAGGGAGAGUCCUUGGAUGUACAAAAGGUUGCCCAAGAGCCUCGGAGGACGUCAGUGAAGACGAAUGGCAUAAAAGAAGAGAAUGGGGGCUCCCCGCUGUCUGACCUCGGGACACCCGCUCCCCCUUCGCUCCAGAAGCAAAAAAAGUCACCUACAAAGAGCUCCGUGGCUGCGAAGAAGGGAUCGGAUGAGAUCAAAGCUUUCAAAGUGGAGCAAGCCGCGAAAAAAGCUGCGGCUAUGAAGGUUAAGAAAGAGGACGAUGAAGAUGAAUGGGAAAAGAGGGUCGAUCCAGAUGGAGAUGAGGAUGGUCCUACUGACGAUAUCGAUACUAUCAAAAACGAAGCUGCUAGGCCGCCACCGGUCAAUAGUAAUUACCUACCUCUACCAUGGAAAGGGCGAUUAGGUUAUGCGUGUCUGAACACUUAUUUGAGAUUUUCAAACCCGCCGGUGUUUACGUCUCGAACAUGCCGUAUAGCAUCUAUCGUCGAGCACCGACAUCCAUUGAAAGACCCCAGCCAACCUGAGCAUGCCACCAAGAACCGGCCUGAUAAAUCACAGCCCGCCUCAAUCGAGCGAGGGCAACGAUAUGUGGAAGAAUUGUGCCUUGCAAAUGUCAGGGACCUACCCAAGAUGUUCAGAUGGAAUGACAAAUACGGAAUCAAAUUCAUGAGAUUGAGUUCUGAAAUGUUUCCAUUUGCUAGCCACGCCGAAUAUGGAUAUAAGCUUGCACCAUUUGCCAGUGAGGCAUUGGCUGAAGCUGGUAAAGUAGCCACUGAGAUGGGCCAUCGCGUAAGUACCCACCCUGGGCAAUAUACACAGUUGGGAUCUCCUCGGGCUGAAGUCAUCGCGAAUGCUGUCCGAGAUCUCGAUUACCACGACGAGAUGCUUUCUCUGCUCAAGUUGCCUGAGCAAGAAGAUCGCAAUGCCGUCAUGAUUCUUCACCUGGGUGGUACUUUUGGCGAUAAAGCAGCAACGCUGGAUCGAUUCCGCGAGAACUACAAAAUUCUCUCACCUAGUGUGAAAAUGAGAAUAGUCCUCGAAAAUGACGAUGUCUCAUGGUCAGUACAUGACCUCCUUCCAAUUUGCGAAGAACUCAGCAUCCCCCUCUGCCUCGAUUUCCACCACCACAACAUCAUCUUCGACUCCUCGCAGCUCCGUGAAGGAACUCUGGACAUCAUGUCUCUCUAUCCGCGCAUUAAAGCAACAUGGGACCGCAAGAAUAUCAAGCAGAAGAUGCAUUACAGCGAAGGCUGUCCAGAAGCCAUCACUGGACGACAACGACGAAAGCAUAAUCCUCGACCAAUAUUACUUCCUCCAUGCGCAAACGACAUGGAUCUAAUGAUCGAGGCAAAGGACAAGGAGCAAGCCGUCUUCGAAUUAAUGCGUACCUUUAAGCUUCCAGGUUGGGAUACAUUCAACAAUAUCAUACCCUACGAGCGAUUUGAUGAUAACAAACCGCUGCCUGAAAAGCCUAAGAAAAAGAAGACGAAGAAACUAAUUGAAGCUGAAAUCGAGGAGUUUGGAAAGGAACUAAGUGACGAGGAGGAAGUGACCAAGGAACUCGUGCCAGAAGAAGAGGUGGGUAUGGGCGGCAAGGAAAAUAGAGUAUAUUGGCCUCCUGGCAUGGAAGAAUGGCUACGACCAAAGAAACGUGAGAUUAAGAAGAAAGGAGGCGAGGACGAGGAAGCCAUAUUCCGGAAUCCAACACCCGCGAAUUUCGCCGCCAGGAAAGCGAUCACGGCGCGCAACAAAGCGCCGCUGAGUGACGAGAUUAAGGGGAAGUUGAAAGAGGCAACGAGUGUGGCUGAUGUGCAGGGGAUUUUGGAGGAUAUGAAGGCUGCGAGGUUUGCGGAAGCAGCGGUUGUAGAUGAGGAUUCUGAGCCGGUUAUCAAGAAGGCGAAAACGAAAUCUACAAAGAGUGCACCAUCAAAGAAAGCGGGGCCGGGUAAGAAGGCGAAGGCUACUCCUACGCCGAGUGUUUCGAAUAUGGAUGAUGAGGAUGAGGAUGAUGAUGAUGAUUUGAGUAUGCCUGAUCUCUCUGCUGACGAUGAAAAUGGGACAAAGAAGAAGACGAUGAGGGCUGCGGUACCAGCUAGACAGAGUGGAAGGGCGAGAGGGAAGAAGACAAAUUAUACCGAGGCAGAUGGAGAUAUCAAUGAGGAGUAG